AUGCCGAAAACUAUUCCCUCGAAGCGCGCCCUCAAGGGUGUCGCCAAAGACAGCCUCGAAUCCAAGAGGUCUAGCAAAUCUGUCUCCCUGGGCUUGAGCUCCAGCAGGAAGCGGAGGGCAUCGUCCUCGACAGUCUCCAGUCUCUCGUCGGUAACUUCGAUGGAGGCACUCAGCAGUGACGACGAGGCGAAUGAUUCCGAAGACGCAGACGACGAAGAUGACCAACCGAUUCUCCUUACCCCGUCGUAUGGGAGCAGAUCUCAUAAGGCGGGGAUGAAGUCGACCAAACGUGUCAAGACGACGAGGGCCGCAUCGGACGAUGAGAGCGACCAGGAUAUCAGUGACGGACCCGACUUGGACGACAGCUCCGAUGAUGUGUAUGCUGCUGUGGAUUAUAUCAGUGACGGUGAUGACGAAGAGCAAGAUGUUGAGAUCCUCGAAGAACUGUUGAUUGUAGAAUCGGAGGAUGAGCACGAUUUUGGGAGUGCCUUGAACUCCGGUGUUAGCGAUACGCACGACUGGGCUGGUCCCACCGUUUUUAAUGAUGACAUGCUAUUGUCCGCUGCGCCGUUCUUCGAUGAGCACCAGCUGUACAGUGCCAUGGAGGCCUUUGGAGAGACCGAUGUGGCCAGUGAAACCGCGGUGGAGACCCCUGUCGCGCGCCGGGUACACUUUGAAGAAGAUUCGGAUUCAUCCUCUGACAGCGACUCGUACACGGAGGAUGAGAUCCCAUCCGACUUUCUCCACCAAGAUAGCCUCGACCCUCAGUUGCGCCGCAUGAUUGAAAGUGACAAUGAGGCUGUCCGCCGGUCAUCCCGCCGUCAAUCCGAUGAGAUCUAUGGCGAUUCGGACUAUGGCCAUUCUAAUAUCUACCACGUUGAGUCCGAUGCCGAGGCCUCCGAGGGAUCCUCGAGUGGCUAUGAGACCGAUGAUGGCGAGACCACAGAUGAAGACCUUCCACCUCCCGCAACGAUCACUCACCCACGAUCUAUCCUCCGUCGCGACUCUUCUGCCUCGCUGGUCACCGGCGUUGAAGAAAAAAUCGAGCCUACACCCCGCCGCAGAAGAGGCCCUAUUAUGGGAACAUUCGUUGCGGACCCUCACAAGCCAGUUGCCCUGGUUGACUGCACUGGCAAACAUCUUGUCAUCAUUCCCGCCUACGCUUCAUCCCGCCAUGACUGGCUAGAAUCCGCUGCUACCAGUGCCUGCGGAACCGCAAAUAACAGCCCGCGUGCAACCACAAUGCACCUCAUUGACGAGAGUGACACGGACGCACUAAUGUCACCAAAUCUGGAUUUCAGCCCUAUGCUAGCCUCGAGCGCCAAUUUAAUGAUGACAGCUCUAGGCAACGACAUUACCCCGGGGGGUCAGGUCAUGGGCCCACCCGAGGCAUUCUACCCAGCCCGCGACUUUGCCAUCGAUAGUUCAUUUGAAGAUGACGAUGACGAGGAUGAUCCCGAGGCUCAACUCAACGUGGACGAUUUUAUCGACUUUGGAGAUGGUUCAUCGGACGAAGAACUUGACAAUGCGUUUGAUCAAGACGCCCUGGCCUCCCCUAGGGCAACCUCCGCCAAGGGUGGUACGACCGGGACCCCCACUCCGAACCGUGGUGGAGAUUCUCAGCAAGCUACUACUAGUGCGGAGCGAUUCUUGAACCACCUUGAUCGAGGCAUUGUGACUGCGUUCCGCCGUAACCACAAUCGCUACCAGGCGUUGCUGCGACUUCCGCAACAUCGCGAAUUCAUGCCGGCCAACUCCCCUUCCCGCCCAGCAAGCGUGUUUAGACACACUCGCCAUGCAGACCAGCGUACUCCUACAAGGAAACGCAAGGCCAGUGGAUAUUCGGGCGGGGAAGCUGUGCGGCGAAAGCUUAUGAACGCUCAGCGUCACAGCCAGGUCCCAUUUUGA